AUGCACAUAACAACACAGGGCCUCCUAGCCCCAGCCAAAGCCCCCCUCCGGGCAGUGGCACAGGUCUUGAAUCAAAUCCGUACCGCUACCAAGAGAGUCUCCUCUUCGAGAACAAACAUGAAAGACUCUGCCGGUAGACGUCUUGGACCCAAGAAAUUCGAGUCCUCGUUCGUCAAGCCUGGCCAGAUCAUCAUGAGACAACGUGGUACCAAAAUACACCCGGGUGAGAACGUUGGUUUGGGAAAAGACCACACCAUCUUCGCCUUGGAGCCAGGUUACGUCAGAUUCUACUUGGACCCCUUCCACCCGCUCAGAAAGUACGUUGGUGUUGCAUUGAAGAAGGAUAUCAUGCUUCCAUACCCACACUUCGAGCCUCGUGUGCGCAGAUUUGGCUACAAUGUGUUGAAGGGUGCAGCAGCUGAAGCAGAGGAGAACCGCAUGUCGCGUAAGGAGCAUCUCGCGCAGCCCGAGUUGAAGGAAAGAGCACAGAAGAAAGAAGACUACAAUAACAGUAAAAUCGCCGAGUACACAAGCACCAUCCAAGCCACGGCUGGCGACUUCUCAGAACAAGAGGUCGCUCUUGGCGCUGCCAGACUUCUCUUCAUCAGCAAACAUCUUGCCAACGAGACUCUUACCGAGGCUGCUGCUGCUGACCAGGCUACUUUCAACUAUGUCCAUGAUGCCGAGUUGGCCUCCAAGAGAGGCGAGAGCUCUGCUGAUGAGCUUGCCACCAGCCGUGCCAGCUACAUCGAGUUUGCUAAGAAGUUCGAUGGCUUGUUUACUGUAGACUUUACUGGAGCUGCACAUGCUCGCUUGAGCACUGAGGCUCUUGAGGCUAAGCAAGCGGAAUCGCGUGCUAAAUUAGAUGAGUUUUCAAAUGUCAAGCUCUCUACCAAGGACUUGAAGCAGAUCGAGAACAUCAUUUCUCAACCAGGUGUUUUCUCCAAGGCAGACCGCGAAGCCUUGAAACAAAAGUAUAUCCCUACUGUGUUGCCUGAAUCUGUCCCAGGCACCGUUGUGGAAGUGAAAGAGGGAGGUAAGCUUCCGAAGGGAGCUGUUCCUGUCAGAACCUACGACCCAACCACACGCAGCAUUCAGACCGUUUACCGUACCAAGGAUGCAUUUCUCAGCGCCGAAUAA